AAGGAUCAGCUCCUUGUAGCGCGUGUGCAUCAGGGAGCGAGGCAGCUCCCGACUCACAGAUUCCGUCGCAAUGAUGGAUCGCUUGCCUCUCGUUUCCCAUGGCUCCUCCUGGUCGCCAGCGGAGGCCGUUGGCUGCGACGCUGCAGCGAAGUCGAGGCGGUCUACUUGUUGCUUUGGUGGCAGUGGUGGUGCUGGGGGCCACUCGCCUUCACCUUCCAUUCCUUCCCCAUCUCUUCUCCCCUCCAUCACCCUCACCGUCGCCCUUAUGGCGCUCGCCGUUUCUUCAACAGGGUCUCCCUCUGCCGCUCAUCCAUCGCCCUCUCACCGACUAUAUCCAGCCUGACAGCCGCUUGCCCCCCGCCCUGCCGCCUCUGCUCAACCCCCUGGCCCCGCGCCUGAGCCUGCAGCACCACCCGUUCCUGCAUCUGCUGCUGCGCCACCAAGCGCCCUUCCAGGCGGGCCUGCUGCACGACUGGGUGGGCGCGACCGCCUUCUUCGAGUGGCUCUGCCCCGAGCUCACAGGCGCGGGGGGGCAGGGAGAGCAGAGGGGCAAGGACUGGAGCGCAGAGGGGGGCGGGCAGGAGGAGGUGAGUGACGACGUGAGGGUGCGCGUGUGCGCCGCGCACCUGGCCAGGGAGCAGCAGGCGGAGGGCCAUCCAGGGGGGGUGGGCACGGAGCCAGGGGGGGCGAGUGGCAGGGAGAAGGGCAGUGGAGGCAGCGGUGGGGUGAGGGCAGAGGGGAAUGAGUAUGCGGGGUACCUGCCGUCGGUGGACGUGGCGUAUGUGGAGCUGGUGGACGCGCUGGAGGCCGUGCUGCGCUCCCACGCGCACCGCCACAAGCACGAGCGGGAGGGCGGUGGGAGGGCGGCUGAGGAGGCGGGCGAGGGGCGGUUCACGUUCGUGUCGGCGGGGCCCUUGCUGCAUGCCAUGACGGCCUUCGCUGCGGCCCACGCCUACAGCCAGCUGCACCCGUCCCAGUCCAUGGCGCUGGUGGUGGUGCACCCCGCCAUGCCCAAGCAGCUGCAAGCCCUGGCGCGCCUCAACGCCGUCACACACUUCACUCUCAUUCCCUUUCCCCUGGGAGGCGGCGAGGUGCAGGAGAGGGAGCCGGGGCGGUGGGUGACGGUGGGCGAUGUGCUGCGCAGGGUGGCGCGCUGCGACCUGCUGGACAUCGACGCCGACCGCGCCGAGAAGUUUGCCUUCGAUGACCCCGACGCCUUCGCCCACGUGCAGCGUGUGGUGCGGCGCGUGCAGAUAACAACGCACGGCUCAGACGUGCACGGCAAGCUGGAGGCGCUCUUCCGCCUCAAGGGCUGGCUCAAAGCCAUCGACCUGCCGCCCGCUGCUGCUGCCCACUGUCAGCACCCUACGCGGGCCUUCAUGAUGAGACCCCCCUCCCCCCACCACCCCAACGACAGCUCCUCCCACCAGCCGCUCACCACCUCCCCCCGCGCCCCUGUGCCGCGCCCCGAGUGUGUGGCGCACACCCCCUGGGGCCCAGUGCUGCUGAGGGAGGGGCUGCUGUCGUUCCUCAACCCCUCCUUCGCCCACCAGGACGACGUCGUGCGCCAACCCCUCACUCCCCUGCCACCCAUGCUGCUCUGACUGGUGUUACGUGUAGCACUAGGUGACUCGAGCUAGCUUGUGAGUAUUCAAACGUAGGUUUCCGUUUAAGUCUCAUUGG